UAGAGUUAGAAACCAAAAUGGAGGAUCAGGAGCCCCCCAGACCUGAAUCACGGGAGAGUUCGGAGGCAGGGCCGAGAGACCUUCGCGUCAUCCAAAUUGGGUCUACCGGGGAGCUGCUGGAAGGGGCGGGCCCACCACAGUUUAAACGGGAGCCGGAAGACCAGUGCUGGGAAAAUCAGUUGCAGGAUUUCCUGAAGACGAUGCAGCCCUCACGAUCGGGAUGGAGGAACUCCCCACGUUCUCCUCGCUACACGCCAGAAGAAGACACAAAGUAUUUCCAAGCCACAUUCAAGAGAUCCAUGGACGGCGGCCCAUGGCCCAGAGCGGAGUGCACGCGCCAAGCCCUUCCGGGCCUCAACAAAGAAGAUAGUGAAGCCUACGAAAGCAGCCAGGAGCCAUCUGUGAAAGUGAAGGAAGAGGUUCUGGAUGAGGACCCAGGCAGCUCGGAGCUCCGGCGCCAGCGCUUCCGACUCUUCUGUUACGAGGAAGCUGAGGGGCCCCGAGAGGUUUGUAACAAGCUCUGGGAACUUUGCCACCAGUGGCUGAGGCCAGAGACGUACUCCAAGGAGCAGAUCCUGGAGUUUCUGAUUCUGGAACAGUUCCUUAGUGUCCUGCCCCAGGAAAUGCAGAGCUGGGUCAGGGGCCAUGAUCCUGAGACCUGCACUCGGGCUGUCGCCCUGGCGGAGAGUUUCUUGCAAGAAUCCGAGGAAACGGAACAAAAGGUGACAGGAGGCUUGGAGAAAGCAUUUAGUUCCCCCAAGUCAGAUCCUUCCUCACCAGAUGUCCUGAAAAUGCAGCUGCCCAUGGAUGAGAAACAGGAAGCUGACUGGGAAGCUACUCUGUCUGGCAAUGAGCAAACACCAGAUGACGAAGAGGAGACUUAUGAGGGGGACCAGCCUGAGCAAGUGGUUAUUGGGGGAGAUGCACUGGAAAGGCCCAAAGGGAAAUGUGUCCAGGGUCCUGAGGCAGAAGAGGGAGUGGAAAGUCAGCAGGGACCAGAAAAUCGUCAGGAAAACUCUCCCGGGAAAGCACCAAAACUUUGUGAGGAGCCUGAUAGGAGCUUAGGAGAAAACGCCUUCCAGGAGGGAAUCCGCAAGCUUGUCAAUUCAGGGGAAAGCCCCUGUCAGCGCUUUGGCUCCCGAGAAACUCACGUAAGUGACAAACCCCACAAAUGCUCCUUUUGCGAAGCAAGUUUCUAUGAGAGAACACACUUGGUCAUUCACGAGCGAAUCCACACUGGAGAGAAACCAUAUAAAUGCUCUGUGUGCGAGACGUGGUUCUCUCACCCCUCGGAGCUGUUGAGGCAUGAGGAGACCCACAUGCCCGAGAAGCCUCACAAAUGCGCUGUCUGUGGCAAAAGCUUCAACCAGAAAGCCUCCCUGAUCACCCAUGAGCGAACCCACACAGGGGAGAAACCAUAUGAGUGCUCCGAGUGUGGGAAGAGCUUCAGCACAAGCUCCCAGCUCAUAACACACAAGCGAGUCCACACGGGUGAGAAGCCAUACAGUUGCUCCUACUGCGGCAAAAACUUCAACCAGAAAGCAUCCCUGAUCACCCACAAGAGGACCCACACGGGGGAGAAGCCGUACGAGUGUACGCUCUGUGGGAAAAGCUUCAGCGCUUGCUCUCAGAUCAUAAAUCACAUCAGAGUCCACACAGGAGAGAAGCCGUACGAGUGCUUAGAGUGCGGGAAGCGUUUCGGGAGCAGUUCCCACCUGACCGACCACAAAAGAACACACACAGGGGAGAAGCCGUACAAGUGUCCCGACUGUGGGAAGAACUUCAGCCGAAGUUCCAACCUGACAGCACAUAGCAGGAUCCACACGGGAGAGAAGCCAUAUAUAUGCUCAGGUUGUGGCAAAAGCUUCAGGCAGAAGGCCUCCCUCAUCACCCACAAGAGAACCCACACGGGAGAGAAGCCCUUUGAGUGCUCCGAGUGUGGGAAAAGCUUCAUUUCGAGCUCUCGCCUCGUAAGCCAUAAGAGGGUGCACACAGGAGAGAAACCAUACGAGUGCUUAGAGUGUGGGAAGUGUUUCAUUUCCAGCUCCCACCUUCUAAGCCAUAAGAGAGUGCACACAGGAGAGGAGCCACUUAAAUGCUCGUAAAUGCGGGAGACCCUUCUGUUAUCGCGCUGCCCUUCAGAUAACAGGCCGGUUCACACAUACCCCCGGCCAGGAAUCCUGUAUACCAGGGAUAACCAACUUCUAGAUUCUUGGGGGCUGCUCUCUUCUCUAGACAGCAUCCUGGGGAUAACGAGAACGGUCAGCUCCAUCAUAAAGUCGGCACCUUUUUAGCAGUAAGGGCUUCCCAGUUAAAGGCGCACGGGCAUAGUCUAACCUACAGAUACGUGCAUCUACAUAUUAUACGCCAGACCCUAAAGAGAGAUGUAGCAUUAAAAAUGUGGAUUUGAUCUCUCUUACAAUUUAAAAACAGCUUUGAUAGGGCCAGGUAGAUGUCUUCUAGGGGCUAGACUCAUCCU